CACAUCAUUACGUUUCCCUUCUCGCCUCUCCCUUCAAACACCGUCCCGACCCGUCGCGCUCAUCGCAGCUUGCAUCUACCAAUUUGCAGCUGUUGAAGCUUCCUUCACUUUCAAGUAUCGCAGUGCUCACGCUGACUCACCAGCUCAGCCUGCCGGACGACGCGCGCCAGCACACCGCAGCCGAGGCGUAAUCUACUUGGCUCCUUGCAGCCGGCUAACACUUCAGCACCCAGACGAUUAUAAACAACAGUGCUUGAAUUGAAUUAAACUUGAUAUAAAGUAGCUACAGCCUUGCAUCCGGAUGCGAACGGUCCAACUGUGCCGCGAGCUGCCGUUAUCGACACGUUCGCGGGCAACAUGACCGGCCGCUCUGGAGCAGAAGCGGCUGGGUCAGUCCGCCCAAGACACCGGCGCCUAGUCAGCGCGGAAGCCUAUCAAUCAACGACAGCUUCGAAAAAUCACCAGGAGUCGACUUCCAUACCACGACCUCCCACAGAUCAGAAUGGCAGCAUCGGCCAAUUCUUUGAGGAUUCUAUUUCCCAGAGCUGGAUGUCCGUGCAAGGGCUAGCAUCCUCCUUCAUGGGCACCGGCGAAGGAAGCUCGAAAGGAAGCAGAUACAGUUCGCCAGCCCCUAGAGAUCGGGCGAAUCCUAGUCAGCACGCACGAAGCAUGUCUACCAACAAUAAGGCAUCGUCAGCAUGGGGACCUCAGCCGCCGAACAGCACUCUAACCAUCGCCGACGUUGCUGCAGGGUCCAUGGCCCAGAGGGAUGCAGCUCUACGAGCAGCGAAGACAGCUAGCGUUUUAGAGAGCCACGAUGGUGUUAAUGGCGGUCUUGACAUUGUUGGGAAGCAUAAACGACGAAACUCAAACGAUAUGGCUUCGAACGACGCCCCGCCCGACGAAUAUUUAGUCUAUGUUCACCAUGUCCAAAAGUCCGACACGUACGCUGGAAUUAUACUACGAUACAAGUGUGGAGAAGACGCAUUUCGGAAAGCAAAUGGUCUAUGGUCGCGGGAUAGUAUACAGACACGCAAAUGGUUAACACUGCCGGUAGAUACCUGUGAGGUACGCGGCCGGCCAUGUGACGCGCCUUCGUGGAGUAAUGCGCAUAGCGUUGAUCUUCUAGCUCGAACGCCGUCAGGAGCCGAAACCCACAACAAAAUGGCCAUGGCCGCUGCAGAAGACGACUUCUUCUCGAGCAAAUCCGUAACACCCGCCGAACGAGUCGAAGAGGACAAGCGGCCGUGGACACAUGUACGCUGGGUCAAGAUUGAUUCAAUGAGAGAGCCUGUUGAGGUUGGACGAAUUGCAAGACAAUCUAUGGGAUACUUCCCGCCGAGGAGGAAGCAGAGCCUUACCUCCGCGUCAUCACGGAGGCCAAGCAUCGAUCUACUAGAUGCGGUCAGCGAUACACCCCAACGCCGGGAUAGUAUGCGGAGCAACCGACCGCAGCUUUCCAGUACGCCACUAUCUAAUGCCAGUAGAAGCCGCGGGAAUAGCGAUGUUGGAGAUGCGCGACCAGCUUGGAUGCGUCGGCCGGGUGGGGUUGGUACUAUGAGUCGUAAGACGAGGGCUCCCGGACCGGCGAAUGAUAACUUCAACAACUGGGCUUCUAAACACUUUCCAAUGCUGAAAACAGACGAUAUGCCGUCCAUGUCCGUCAUGGACUCCGAAGUACUUCGCUUUGGUUUCUCCAACGAUUCCGCUGCUAUUGCCGAAAGCUCGUUCGAACAAGGUCGAACUGCUGAGCCAACAGGUCGCCAUGGCACUGGUCUGGAUCGAGCAGCAGCAGCUGUAGAGACCUGGCUACGAGGAGCUUUGUCGAAGCGACCUAAUACACCGCUCCUCGGCGCGCGACGGCACGGAAGCAGCUUCGGCAGUAACCCCGAAGUAGACUUCAUCGAACUGGCAGACACGGCGAGCGAUGAUGGGCGGCUAGCAGAUACCGGUACUUCCUUACUCGGUCCUAUCGUUGCAGGCACUACAGGACGCAGCGAUGCUUUCGGAACAGUAACGCCCAGAAUCAGUUCUGGGAAGGCUAAGAAGGAUGAUUAAUUGGCAUUUUGCGUGCGAACUGGAUUCUAAGUUAGUACAGCACCGGCGUUCUAUCAACGGGUUACUUUAUUAUGUUUAUUUGUCUGUUAUUGGGUUGCAUGUUGUUUUCUAUUUUAUUUACGUGGUAUAAUCUUAAAUGCAUUAUACAGACCUCAUACUUUUAUUUUAUAUUUGGUGCAUGGCGCUACAACUCGAUAUGAUCUGGAAAUCUAACUAGCUUACACAUGAAGUGGCUGUCGGAGCUAGUGCCCCUUGGUCUUGGUGGUAGCGUAGUGGGUUACAGUAUCCCGCCGCGUCGUGACAAGCUCUCGCAAUCCUCACCUCCUUUCCUUUUCAAC